ACUUAUAUAUCAUUCCAACAAAUCAGAAAAAUGUUUGAUUUUCUUCGCCACGGAACAAAACAGUAGUAGUAUGGUAAUUGGUUAAUCCAAAAAAACCGAAACUUAACCGGGACGUACGGUUUGGUGACACAAAAGUAGCAGGUACCACACGUGUCUUAUUUUCGCAGCUUGGGGAGUAGUCGCCAUAGAAGGCAGAGUUAGACAAGGUAGCUGAAAAUUUACACCCAAGAUUGUCGAGAAUGGAUUCUUCGGAGACCACCAACUACCAAAACGUUGUCGUAAUGAGGCACGGCGACCGUCUCGACAACGUCGACCCGACUUGGGUGAAGACGGCGGAGAGGCCCUGGGAUCCGCCGCUGGUAGAUGCCGGUCUGGACAGGGCUUUUGCUACCGGUAGGGAGCUUCGGAACGCCCUAAGCUUCCCGAUCCACCGGGUUUUCGUCUCCCCGUUCCUCCGCUGUGUCCAGACAGCAUCUCAGGUGGUCCUCGCUCUCUGCGCCGCGGGUGACGAUCCCAACGCCUUGUCCUCCCGCGAUGUCGUUUCUAUUGACACCACCAAGCUGAAGGUGUCCAUCGAGUAUGGACUCUGUGAGAUGUUGAGCAGGGAAGCAAUUGCACCUAAUCUGGCACCCGCAGAUGGAAACUUUAGGUUUAAUGUCCCAGAACUUGAGGCAAUGUUACCCGCUGGGACAGUGGAUCAUACUGUGGAGCCAGUAUACAAAGAGCCGCCAAAAUGGGAAGAGACAGUUGUUGGCACAAGGACAAGAUAUGAAACAAUUAUUAAGGCACUUGCAGAUAAAUACCCUUCAGAGAACUUGCUAUUGGUUACACAUGGGGAAGCGGUUGGAGUGUCAGUUUCUGCAUUCUUAAAGGGUGCAACAGUCUAUGAAGUGGAAUAUUGUGCAUAUUCUGAAUUAAGAAGACCAGUCUUUUGCAACAAUGGGUCAGUCAGUGCUGGCAACUUUGAGAUGCUUGCACAUAGUGGCCAAACCGGUAUUCGCUACUUACAGCCUGUAUUUGGCAUUGCUAACAGCGAUGGUUCCAUUAAUGAAUGACCUCUUGCAUGUUUUUUGCUUCGCCAUUCAGUUGGUGUCACUGUGUCUGUGUCUUUUGACACAACAACUCCUAACGGGUCAUUGUCAUUGAUUAUGGCUUUCCUUGCCUAACAUGAUUUAUUCAUGACACAAGAAAAUAAGAAUUAUGAACGUGCAUUCUCUUUUUCAUUGUCACUGAUCUCACGGAUUCUGAAAUAAGAAAAUGUAGCCAGC